UAAUAUCUAGAGUUCUAGACCCGCUGUGGUCUGCCUACCUCCAGAAGUACAUCUCUCUUCCAAUCUCCGGAUCCAUGUUAAGCGUAAAAAGCAACAACAAAAAAAAAGCAAGGGCGAUGCCUCCAUGCCUUGUUAUAGGGUUAAACUUUAAUUACGGCGGUGGUUCCUCACUUUCUCCUAAGUCAAACACUAAAACUGAAAAGUCAGUACAAAGAGCAAGUUCUUCAUCAUCUCAAGCAUAUGUGAUGGUGAUUGUCCCACAAAGAGCUUGGUUGAGAAGAACUAAAGAGGGAAAUAUUGAUGUACUUUAUGAAAAAAAGUUGGGAAGAAACUCUCGCUACUUCACUUUCUUUAACACAAGUUUCUAUUCACUUUUAGGGUUGAAGCCAUGCUCAGCAAAAGUAGUGCAUCAUGAAAUUUGGGAUUCACUUCCGUGCUUUUCUUGAAGACAUGCAUAGUGCAUAUCUUUUUAGAACUCAUAAUCUAAAAUUAGAUCCAUGUAAAUUUCACUAUUUCAGCAUUCAGUAAUGUAUCACAUCACAGAAUUCAAAAAACACUCAACCACUUAUAAAAUGAAGAAUAAGUUAAUAUGCAGUUAUAGGCAAG